AUGUCGGAGACUGCAUCUAACUACCGCACAUCGAUGUCGUUCACGACGAUGCCGCCUGUGUUGACCGAAAGCCAGAAAGGUUCGGUCGAGGACAUUCAAAUCUCACUUGCCCCCUACAUUCAAUCCUACCUGAGCCAAACCGGCAGGCGGCACUCGUGUUGUAGUGUGAUGCUACCGGUGGCAUUCGAGCGAGCGGCUCCCCGCUCCUGGUUCAACCCGCGGUUUGAUUCGCCCGUCCUGGAGGGCCAGUACCAAGCAAGCGUGUUUCCUCAGCUUCGACUCAAGUUUCGCUUCGCGCUCUUCUACAUCCUGCUCUGCUCGCUCGUCUGGCUGCUGUACUUCCUCCUCGACGCUGGCCCUACCACCUACACGCCGCUUACAGUCGCCAUUGGUCUGAUAUUCGUGUUUACGCUCCUCGGCCUGUGGGUGAGCGGGACGGACACCUUCCGGGCGUACACGAACCUGUUGUCCAGCGCCUGUGCCAUCUUGCUGUGCAUGUUCUCGCUCUCGCUACUACUGCUGACUCGCGAAGCGCUAAGCCCGCUUGGCCACUUCUCAAUUUGCAUCGAGAUCGUGCUCCUCGUAUACACAAUUAUCCCACUGCCGCUGUGGCUGUGCUGUACCAUUACCAUACUAUACUCGCUCUGCUUCGAGGUACUCUCGUUUCUCCAGCAGACCCAUUUCGAUUACAACUCUCGUCCGAAUGGCGCAACGAUUCACAGCGAACCGGGCAAAAAUGUUAACUCCGCAAGCAACGAAGCUGACGACAACACGUUUCUGUGCAAAAUUAUUAUGAUUCGGGUGCUGAUACAGUUAUGUGUGCACCUGAUCGGCGUGCAGAUCCUGGUGAUGACGGUGGUGCGGAUGCGGGGAACGUUUAUGAAGGUCGGCCAGAACUUAUUGGUGCGACGUCAGCUCGAAAUGGAGAAACAGUUAAAGGAAAAGAUGAUCCACUCGAUGAUGCCCCCGAAGGUGGCCGAUCUAUUGCUGAAGGAGAGUAGCGGCUGCGCAUCGAAGGCUGGGGCUGUGGCCGGCGGGGGCACUAGCUUUGAUCAGUAUCCAGCGCCACGCCGAGCUACACCCUCUGAUCUGAAGUCACUGUUUCGGCCGUUCCACAUGAACCGAAUGGAAAAUGUAAGCAUCCUUUUUGCCGAUAUCGUCGGGUUUACCCGUAUGUCCGCUACGAAAACCGCCGAGCAGCUGGUCGAGAUACUUAACGAUCUGUUCGAGCGUUUCGACGAUCUAUGCUUGGUAAAUGGAUGUGAGAAAAUUUCGACCCUGGGCGACUGCUAUUACUGUGUGUCUGGAUGCCCGGAACCUCGGCCCGAUCAUGCUAUUUGUUGCGUCGAGAUGGGAUUGGGAAUGAUUGAAUCGAUACGUGUUUUCGAUGCGCAACGUAACGAGGGAAUCAAAAUGCGCGUCGGUGUGCACACCGGCACGGUGCUCUGCGGUAUCGUUGGCACCAAGCGCGUUAAGUUCGACGUCUGGAGCAACGACGUGACAUUGGCAAAUCGCAUGGAAUCUAGUGGAAAGCCGGAUCAAGUGCAUGUGUCGGGGGAAACCUGCGGUUAUUUGGGCGAUUCGUACAUCAUCGAAGAAGGCGAAGAAGUUGACAAACAUCGUACCUACUUUGUGGUUGGGAAAAAGAUCGAUCUGGUCGGUUCUGUUACCGAGGGCUUAUCAAGCAUUGGCUUACCCACGGAUAUGCAUUUGCUCACUUCGUCGCCGCUAGACGAAGCGAUGACAAGUUACAGCGGGGAGGACCAGGCGGGAAGUUCUUGUUUAUCGCGAAGCCCUACCAACCUUUCCACGAUUCAGCCAGUCGUGCCACCCGCAUCACCAGCUGGUCCCGUGUUUUUCUCCUCACUGCACGCCUCACUUGUUGCCACCCCAGCGCGGCAUCGUAUAACUUCACUCACGAAAAUGACUAAGUUUUUCAAAUCGGCUGUCAAAGGAGACGGUACACAAGAGCUGGAGAAACCACGAAUAAUAAUUAGCACGAAAUCGAUCUCAGAAGGAUCUGAUUCUGAAGAGGAGGGUGGGUUUAUGAUGAUGAAAUACAAGAGUGCUCCUCGGCUUCCUUCGUCAGCGGCAGUGUCACAUGAACGAUCAAUCGAAGAGGCAAUCGAUGAUCAUCCCCUCGCACAGCAAGCGCCAACGGUGACAGUGUACAACGAAGAACCGAAAAGGCAACCCCGUCGCAGCAAAGAAAACAGCGUGCACGGGAAAAUAGUUCGGCCCAAUGUUGUACCCAAUACAUUUCGCGGGUGCUGGAAUGUUGGCAAACUGCUGAAACGUCAUGAACCGUCGGCGUACUCUCCCAGGGACGUCGGUAGUGCCCUAAACUGUGAUAGUGCGGCGAAUCGAUGUGAGGAGGGAGUGCCAUGCAUUGAACGGGAUGGUUUACUGCGUGAGGCAGCCAGUGUGAGCACCGAAAACCGAACCGCCGCCGGUAGCGAUGCCAGCUGCUCAAACUGUUAUCAGAACGUACCGAUCGUUAUUGUCACACCGCGUCCAAGCAGCCAAACGUUGGAUGUUGUGAAUAGUGCAAAUGAUACUACUGGCGUCGCGUGCUGUUCCUCGAGCGGCACCGCUACGUCUGGAGGUGCGGGAGCCGGUCGUGACUGCUUCCGUAUGGCAAACAACGCACAUGAAAGCGAAAACUCCAUGUUUGACGAGAUCAUCGACGUUCGCUCGUACAUUUCCCAGUCGCGCAGCGACAUUUCUCCAUUCGGUCGCACGGGAAGCUAUCGAUCGCAGACAACAGAUCGGACAUCUAUCAUACACGAUCUCGCCCUAGUUGCCAGAGGAAGUUCCAGUGGCGGCAGUGGAAGCUUCAGUCGACCACGGAGCUCCACCAUAACCACUACAUCACAGUGCGGUGCCGAUAGAGCAGGCGAACAACAGCACAUGCGCCACGCAUCUGUCGCAGUCUGUCCUAGUUCUCGCCUGCUCGGACCAGAUGGGGCCAGCCUUUCACCGUCCGCUACCUCCCGCAAGGAUUCCGGCAUUCGGUCCAACAGUCGACGUUCCAGUAUUCAGCAUCAAAUCAUGCUAAUGAGCCAAAGCGUGGCGCUCUCUACGCACCGCGUUUCAGGCUAUUUCACAAGCUCUCAAUCCAGCUUGUCAGGAGCAAUAGUUACCAGCACAAACGACCCUGUUGGCAGUGUUAGUAGUGGUGGUGACGGCCACUGCAUCGUGGUGGGGUCAAAGGAACCACAUCCCGAUCCGCUAGCCGCCUGUCUUCAGCAACUGCGCAAGCAGUCCGAUCUGCAGCUGAUCCGGUGUGUGCGAGACAAUGCCCGUUCGCAGCGCAGCUACCUGGUGAAGCCGCCUCUACUACCCGUGUCAUUGUGCUUCAAGUCGCGUCUCAUGGAGCGAGAGUUUCGUUCAAAGGCACAUCGCUUCGGCAGCGAGGGAGGUGGGCCAGGCGAGCUCGAAAGCGGUGGUCCGCCGACGUUGGCUACCCCGAAGUACAACACCUACAUUGAUCUGCUUGUCUCGUUCGCCAUCUAUCUUGCCACUUCAACAUCACUCUUUCUCCUAUCACCCUCGGUUUAUCUGGAGUCCUACAAAGUGUGGGUGUGUAUCUUCGUUCUAUUCAGUACAGCGCAGCUGUUCGUGCUGUUCAUCUGCACCAAGCAGGUUUGUUCGCGGGCACGCAAAACGCCCAUGCGCCGCUCGCGACCAAUUGUUAGCUACAGCUGUUACGACAGCCUGCUGCAGCUCGCUUCCCAUUGGUAUCCGUGGCACUUUUGCGGAGGCAUCCUGAUGUCGCUGCCCGUCGUAUCCAUUCUCUCAAACUUUGCCAUGAUGGACGUAACGAAGUUCCGUGUGUUCGAGUUUCACUACGGGUUUCUUAUGUACAUCUGCAUCGUGCACUUCUGCAACUUUACCCAGCUCAACUGGCGCAUGCGCAACUGCAUGGCCCUCUUGACUGCUAUUGCGUUCAUUGGCAUCGCGAUCGGUCAUAUGAUGCAGCUGUUGGCUUUGGACAAGCUCGGCACUCCGGUAUCAUUGAACAGGACGAGCACAUUGGACCCCGAAGCAGUACCGCAGAGCGCCAAAAUUCUGCACCAGGCACAGUUCGAAUGGUUUAACAACUAUCGAGUCGAAAUUUACGUCGAUUUGUUUCUGCUGCUCGUGCUGGUGUGGUUUCUGAAUCGCGAGUUCGAAAUCGGUUAUCGGCUAAGCUUCCACGGCAGCGCCGUUGCCAGCCAGGACAAGGUCCGUGUGCAAAACAUGAAAAAUCAGGCCGAUAUGUUGCUGCACAACAUCAUACCGAAGCACGUAGCAGAGCAAUUGAAAAAUACCGCCAAAUACUCAGAGAAUCAUCACAACAUCGGUAUCAUUUUCGCGAGCAUCGUCAACUUCAACGAAAUGUACGAUGAGUCGUACCUCGGUGGCAAGGAGUAUUUGCGUGUGCUGAACGAACUGAUCGCUGACUUUGACGAGCUACUCGCGAGAACCGAAUUCCGCUGCGUGGAGAAGAUCAAAACUAUCGGCAGUACGUUCAUGGCGGCCUCCGGUCUCGACCCGGGCUGCCGCGGAGCAAACUAUGAGCAUCUCUACGAGCUGGUUGAUUUUGCACUAGCGAUGCAACAAGUGGUAGAGUCAUUCAAUCGUGAUUUACUGGAAUUUAACCUCAUCAUGCGCGUAGGCUACAAUUAUGGCGAUGUGACAGCCGGAGUGAUCGGCACGAGCAAGCUGUACUACGACAUCUGGGGCGAUGCGGUCAACGUGGCCAGCCGGAUGGAUUCGACGGGCGUUGCAGGCAGGAUACAGGUUGGUAGCGAGUGUGUACCAGUGCUGAGUGAACGGUACGACUUUGAACCACGUGGCAAGGUGUAUGUCAAGGGAAAGGAUCACAUGGAAGUGUACCUGUUGAUCAGAAAGAAACCGGACUUACUGGGACCACCGGAGCUAGACAUAGAUCCUCUUUGAAUCUUAAACCACUAGUCACUUUGUUCCAGAGGAGAACAAAUUGUAGGUGGAUGGCAGAAUGUUGAUGUGGAUUGGGAGAAAUAGCACAUAAUGGCAAUCGGUUUCGGUUGUUUUAUGAAGCCACUUAAAUGCAACAAGGAGAAGAACGGAAUGUUUUUCUUGGAAUGUCAGCUCGUUUAUAACCACGCAUGGGUUAUGUACGGAUGCGUUAGCUCGUCUAAGGUGUUGUUUUCGCCGUUUUGCUCGUUUUCAAUAUUUGAUUUCAUUUUUUCACAAAUAGUUCCUCAGUUGAAUUUAUCUUGCCACCGUUGAUCCAAUCGCUUUACACACCGGUUAUCAUCACAUCAUCAACUCAAGUAACAUUGAUGAUACAGUUCACUGGACUGGACUUAGUAGGGGUCCUCAUUAUUUUUUUAAUUUUGGGUCUCAUCGCAUUGUCGUUUAUGCCAGCAUAGCUUGUAGCGGAUAUGUAGAGAAUGUAGAUAAAAUAACGUGAGAGUUGCCAGACCACCAACAGCAAGCACAGUGCUGGACAAAACAUUUGCAACUGAUGUGAAUUUUUCAGUAAACUUGAAUAAAAAUUGAUUGAAUUACUUUGGGCUGAACU